UCUCUCUCUCUCUCUCUCUCUCUUUCCCUCUGUACAAUACCUUGCUGUUCUCUGAAGGAACACUAGUAGCUCUCUCUCUCUCUCUCUCUCUCCGUGUUCUGAACUAUGGGUUCGGAGAGAUGUUAUGUGUGGAGCACGUUGUCUGGUUCGUCUGCUUCCACGACGUCGUCUUUGGUGUCGGCGGCGGAUCGGAUGGUGAGGAUAGAGCUGGAGGCGGCGGAGGCUCUGGCGGACUUGGCUCAUUUGGCGGUGCGAGAGAGUGGCCGAAGGGAAUGGGGGAGCAAAGGGAAACGCGCCAGGAAGCGAGUCAAGAGCGAGUCUCCGGCGGGUGACUUGGCGCUGCAGCUGAAACCGGCGGUGGACUCGGUGCCUAGCUCGUGGGAUCUCGCUGAGGAUCAAGCAGUAGAAAGUCAGCAGCAAUGUGAAAAGAGAUGCACAACUGUAUUGUUAGAACCCAAAAAGAUUGAGCAGAACCCCAACAAAACAGAAUUGAAGGUUGAGGAGGAUUCUGAAUGGCCUAAAUCAACUCGUAACUGCACCACAAGUUACGCAUCAUUUGGUUUCCGUAAAUCAAGACGAAAUUUAACAGAGACUGAAAAGGAAGAACGGAGAAUACGCAGGGUAUUAGCAAACAGAGAGUCAGCUAGGCAGACAAUUCGCCGCAGGCAGGCUCUAUGUGAAGAUUUAACCAGAAAAGCUGCCGAUCUGGCAUGGGAGAACGAAAGUUUGAAGAGGGAAAGGGAGCUGGCUUUGAAAGAGUAUCAGUCCUUGGAAACCACAAAUAAACACCUAAAGGAACAGAUGGCGAAGGUAAUAAAGGAUGAGGUUGAGGAAACUCCAUGGGAGCACAAGUCAGCUGAUGUUGCAGCUUUCUCUUCAUCUACAAAUUUCCCAUUGCUCUGGUAUAACCGUCCUCCAUUUACCCCUGAUUUCUGGCCUUCUAUCAUUCAAUCUUCAAAUCAUGUUCAAUCACUGCAUGGGAAACAAAGCGCUACUUGUAGGCCUGGUACUUCUCAAGAACAAGAAAACCGCAUGGAUGUCAAUGGGCCAAGAACCCCAUUUUAUGUACUCCCAUAUCCUUGGUUCGUCCCUCUUCCUGAUCUUGGGAAUGGAGUCCAACCUCAGCCCAUUGGCGUGAAAAACAAAGAAGAUGAAACUUCUGAUAGUAAUCAAUAUGAUGCUAGUUCAUCUUCAAAAAUUGUUUCAGAUGAAGAGAAACCCUAUUGCUUUUUCCCCAUUAAAGUCAAGACUGAAGCUUCUGGCUCAACAGAAGUCGGACCUCCUAAUGACCUAAAUGAGAUCCCAGUUGGAUUCCCUCCGGAUGGAGGUGGUCAGCGUACAGGAGCUCACUCUAAGGAGAUACUCUUUACACCACCACUAAAUUGUGCCCAACCUGCAUCAGCUGUCAAGCAUGAGAACAGGCCGCUAUCAGAUGAACCUCCCAAUAUUGCAUCACCUUCAACAGCUUGUCAUAUUGUCAAAGCUUUGCCAGAAAAGAAGCAAGAAUCAGUUAGUUACCCAAGUAAGAAGCUAGUUGAUGUGGUCUCUGCAGCCGAAGCAAGAAAGAGGAGAAAGGAAUUGACAAAGCUAAAGAAUCUGCAUGGCCGUCAAUGCCGGAUGCGCUGUUGAGUUGUAUAGCCAGUAGUUGGAUGAAGAAUUCAAAAGAACCAUUUGUCCCUAGUUUUUGCAUGGGCUUAGUGCUUAGUUCUAAACAAAUCGUUGAGAAUUUGCCAGGAGUAGUACAAUUGAUGGUAACCAUUAAAGGCCUUUGAAGGAGCAGAGGCCAGCUUGUAAUCCGGUGUCCAUCUUUGAGCGUGACCAAGUUUCAAGACUUGAUCUUCUAGGUUUCUUCAAGAAAGAGAUAAGAGGGAUUCUUCAAGAGUGUUAUUUUCUGAGUGCUUUAUUCUAGGAAAUUUUGUGAGGGAAUGAGCAUGUUCUUAAUCAUACAAAGCUGCCAUUUGAUGGGCUUUUAGUUGGAGAAGGGCAGCAAAAGAAAAGCACAGAGUGCUGACCUCUUGUAACCACACGUAAUGACUUGUAGUCCUUUUUGCAGCGAGAUUAGUUUAUCAAUAAGGUUGAGCUUACUUUAUUGAGCCAUACUGCUUUCA